GCGUGCCCCGCGCCGGCGCCCAGCGGCUCUCCGUCCGCUCGCUUCUGAUUAGCCAUCCCGCACGGUGACGUCAGGGACCCAUGUGGGAGCGGCGCGCGGCGAUUGGCUGGCGCCCCGCGCGGCGGCGGCCAAUGGCAGGCGCGGCCCCCUCGGCCGCGGGCCGGGAGGCGGUUUAAGGUGGAUCGGGGCACCAUGGCGGCCGCGGCGGGCCGGUCUGCCCCGCCUGGGCCCGCGGCCCCCGGCUCCCGUCUGCGCCGCGGGCCGGGCCCGUCAGCCGGGGCGGCUGCCUCGGGGCCGGGGCCGGAGCCAGCGGGGGGGCCCCGGAGCGGGGGCGGGCGGCGGUCGCCCUGCGGGGGCGGCGCGGCCCCGUGCUGGGACCCUCCCGCCCUCCCGAGGCGCCCGGCUUGGCCCCGCGAGCGGCGCCUGCGGCCGGUGUCCCCGGGCACCGCCGGGGCAGCUCCGCGCCGCGGGAAGCUCCGGGCACGGCGGGGCUGCCCGGGGGACCGCUGCCCUGCCCGGGGAGCCGCUCGCGUCCCGGGCCCCGCUGCCCUGCCCGGUUCCCCCCGCCCGGUCGCCGGUCCCCGCGCGGCCCUGCUGCCCUGCCGGCGCCCUGCCCUGCCCUGCCCUCCCGCCCGGGGCGCGGGCGCCCCCGCCGCCGUGUCCUGCGGGAACGAGCCACCUUAAGCGGCGCCGGGGGACGGCGCUGGCGGCCGGGCCGCGCCGGGAGGCAGCUUCGGUUGCAGCCGGGGCCGCUGCCGAGCCGCGGGCGGCGUCUGCCCUGCCCGCCCGCUCCUGCCGCCUUCUCUCUUCUUCCGUUUUUGCCUCCCCGCGCGCCAGGACCCGUCCCCGUUCCCAGCCGGCCGAGCCCCGCCGCCCCGGCCCGCAUGGGGAGCACGCGGAGACGCCGCUGCCGUCGGCGGGGAGCCCCCUCCGCCCGCCGGCCCGGCGGCACCGGGCUGCACCCCGCCUGAUCAGCGCACGCCCCGGCCGCGCAGCGCGCAGCGGCGCCGGGGGCCGCGGGGCCGCGAGGCGCCGAGGCGGGGCCGGGGCCGCAGGAUGUACCCGCAGGGACGGCACCCGACUCCCCUCCAGUCCGGGCAGCCCUUCAAGUUCUCGGUUUUGGAGAUCUGCGACCGGAUUAAGGAGGAAUUCCAGUUCCUGCAGGCUCAGUACCACAGCCUGAAACUGGAAUGUGAGAAGCUAGUGAGUGAGAAGACCGAGAUGCAGAGACAUUAUGUCAUGUAUUAUGAAAUGUCCUACGGGCUGAACAUUGAAAUGCACAAGCAGGCAGAGAUCGUCAAAAGGCUGAGUGCCAUCUGCGCCCAGAUCGUACCCUUCCUGACGCAGGAGCACCAGCAGCAGGUCCUGCAGGCGGUGGAGCGGGCCAAGCAGGUGACCAUGGGGGAGCUCAACAGCAUCGUUGGGCAGCAGCAGCUUCAGCACCUCUCCCACCACGCACCCCCCCUCCCGCUGACCCCCCACCCCUCCAGCAUGCAGCCGUCUAGCCUGACGGGGGUCGGCAGCGCCUCGGGGCUCCUGGCCCUCUCGGGGGCACUCGUGGCACAGUCGCAGCUCGCUGGCAAGGAGGACAGAGCGGUCCAGGAUGGGGAGAACAGAGAACGCACCCCGAGCCGGAGCGUUUCUGCCUCCCCCCCGGAGAGCCCGCAGGACGAGGAGCGGACGGGCACAGGGCUGAAGCGGAAGCGGGAAGAGAAGGACUUGCUCGGGCAUUACGACAGUGAUGGGGACAAGAGUGACUACAACCUUGUGGUGGAUGAGGAUCCGCCCUCGGAGCCCGGCAGCCCUGGCCGCGCGCCCGGUGCCCGGCUGCCCCCGGCCCGCCGGGACAUGCCUGAAAGCCCUGCCUCGCUGGCCUCCAGCCGCAGCACGACCCCCCUCAAGCCCAAGGAGCAGAGUCCGACCGACCUCUCGGCCAGCGCGCCGGCCUCCAAGGGUGCCGGGGCCUCCCCCGCCCGGGACUCCCUCACGCCCGGCCCCGGGCCCAGCUCGGCCUCCCAUCUCCGGGCGCCUCCCGCCAAGCCGCCUGCCACAGACACCGUCGCUCUCCGCAGCCCGCUGAGCGUGUCCAGCCCCUACGCGUCCUCCUUCGGGAUGGUGCCUCACGCCACCCUCAAUGGCGAGCUCGCGGCCCCCAGCAUGUACAUGGGCAUCCACCUCUCCCCGCAGGUCAGCAGCACUGUGAUGUACGGACGGUCCCCGAUGGUGGCUUUUGAGUCUCACCCUCACCUGAGGGCUUCCUCAAUCUCCUCUUCACUCUCCACCAUCCCUGGAGGGAAACCCGCCUACUCCUUCCACGUCAGCGCCGACGGGCAGAUGCAGCCCGUGCCCUUCCCGCCCGACGCCCUCGUUGGCUCCGGCAUCCCCCGGCACGCGCGGCAGCUCCACACCCUGACCCACGGCGAGGUGGUCUGCGCCGUUACCAUCAGCAGCUCCACGCAGCACGUCUACACGGGGGGCAAGGGCUGCGUGAAGGUGUGGGACGUGGGGCAGCCGGGCACCAAGACGGCCGUGGCGCAGCUGGACUGCUUGAACCGGGACAACUACAUCCGCUCCUGCAAGCUGCUCCCCGACGGCCGCAGCCUCAUCGUGGGGGGGGAGGCCAGCACCCUGUCCAUCUGGGACCUGGCUGCCCCCACGCCCCGCAUCAAGGCCGAGCUCACCUCCUCCGCGCCCGCCUGCUACGCCCUGGCCAUCAGCCCCGACGCCAAGGUCUGCUUCUCCUGCUGCAGCGACGGCAACAUCGUGGUGUGGGACCUGCAGAACCAGACCAUGGUGAGGCAGUUUCAAGGCCACACGGACGGUGCAAGCUGCAUUGACAUCUCUAACUAUGGUACCAAGCUGUGGACAGGGGGGCUGGACAACACGGUGCGGUGCUGGGACCUGCGGGAAGGGCGUCAGCUGCAGCAGCACGACUUCAGCUCGCAGAUCUUCUCCCUGGGGUACUGCCCCACGGGCGAGUGGCUGGCUGUCGGCAUGGAGAGCAGCAACGUGGAGAUCCUGCACGUGACCAAACCGGAGAAAUACCAGCUGCACCUCCACGACAGCUGCGUCCUCUCCCUCAAGUUCGCCUCGUGCGGGAAAUGGUUUGUGAGCACGGGGAAGGACAACUUGCUGAAUGCCUGGCGGACGCCCUACGGGGCCAGCAUCUUCCAGUCCAAAGAGUCCUCAUCUGUGCUGAGCUGCGACAUCUCCAUCAACGACAAGUUCAUCGUUACGGGCUCUGGCGACAAGAAAGCCACUGUGUACGAAGUGGUGUACUGAGGGCCCCCCCCGGCUGUCACCAUCCCUCGUCCAUCAGGGAAGGAUCUAGGCUUUGCCGAUGCCACCGGGGACGGGCAGAGCUGCCCCUGCUGGUGGCGGCGGCCUCCCAGUUCAGCACACAGCAGCAGCCAGCUGUGCUGCUGGAGCGGCUCCCCUGCAAGCCUGCUCUUGCAUUCCCUCCCCCCCCCCCCCCCCCCGCCCCGUUUCUCUCCUUUCAGCAGUAAAAAAGGCCCAGGGGACCUACACAUCUUGCUACUCCUUUCCCAGAUUUCUGCCUUACUUAGAGCAGAAGCGGGAGGAAGUGAAGGGGGAGAGCCUGGGGUUUGGGAUCCUGGAGCUCUUUGUGGGCAGGCAUCUGGGGUGGGGGGGAGAUAUUGGGGGGGGGGGCUGGUCCCCAUGGUUUUGCACCCCAGGGACUCUCUGUCCCUCAGCCCCCGAGGCAUCGAGCAGAGGUGACGAGCCAGCGGAGACGGACAAGGCCAGCAGGGACUGAGAAAGGCCAGGGCCUGGUGUUGCUCCCAAAUUACUGCUACCGAGUUAAUGACACCAAUUUUCUGCUGCAGAAACAGCUGUAAAUUCUCAUCAGUAAAGAAAUGUAUUUAACAGCGUUUUCAAUCCCUUACUAAUAAAAAAGGAGCAAAAGA